AUGCCGGUGGACCUCAGCCAGUGGUCCGGGCCCUUGAGCCUGCAGGAGGUGGACGAGAGGCCGAAGCACCCGCUGCAGGUCAAAUACUCCGGGGCGGAGGUCGGCGAGCUGGGCAAAGUGCUGACGCCCACCCAGGUUAAGAGCCGGCCCUCUGGUAUUUCAUGGGAUGGACUUGAUUCAAGUAAACUCUGUACCCUGGUCUUGACAGACCCAGAUGCUCCAAGCAGAAAGGUCCCCAAAUUUAGGGAAUGGCACCAUUUCCCGGUGGUCAACAUGAAGGGCAGCAACAUCAGCAGUGGCACCGUCCUCUCUGAUUAUGUGGGCUCUGGGCCUCCGAAGGGCACAGGCCUUCACCGCUCCGUCUGGCUGGUUUAUGAGCAGGCCAAGCCACUGAAGUGUGACGAGCCCAUUCUCAGCAACCGAUCUGGAGACAACCGUGGCAAAUUCAAGGUGGCAUCUUUCCGCAAAAAGUACGACCUUGGGCCCCCAGUGGCUGGCAAGUGUUACCAGGCGGAAUGGGAUGACUACGUGCCCAAGCUCUAUGAGCAGCUGGCGGGGAAGUAG